AUGCCAAGGCUCACUUCUUUGGACCUCAGUCACAAUUAUUUUAGUGGUUUCUUGCCAGAUGUAUUUGGAAAUCUUUCAAAUUUGGAAUUUCUUGAUUCCUCUGACAACAAGCUACAAGGUAAUUUUCCUGAGUCAAUUUUUACCCUUAUAAAUCUUUCUGAUUUGACACUAUCAUCAAAUAACUUGAGUGGCUCUGUUGACUUUUACCAAUUUUCCAAGCUUCAAAAUCUAGUACAUCUUGAUCUUUCAAGCAACAAGUUUAUUUCACUUACAUCUGAUGAUAAUCUUAACUACACCAUUCCUAAUCUUUGGGCCUUACAUUUAGAUUCUUGUCAUAUCACUAUUUUUCCAAAAUUCAUAGGCCUUCCAAAUUUGCGACAGUUAUAUCUUAAUGAUAAUAAGUUGCAAGCUCUUCCUAAGACGAUUUUUGGUUUCCUAAAUCUCCAUGAGCUAGGACUAUCAUCAAAUAAUUUGAGAGGCCCUGUUAGUCUUCAUCAAUUCUCAAAGCUUCAAUAUCUAGAAUCUCUUGAUAUUUCAAACAACAAGUUUCUCUCACUUAGCUCUAAUAAUGAUGUUCACUAUACCAUUUCCAAUCUUACCCACUUAGAUCUAUCCUCUUGCAACAUCAAUGACUUUCCUAAACAACUAGGAAACCUUCAAAAAUUAAAGAAGUUAAAUCUUUCCAAUAACAAAAUUCAUGGAGAUAUUCCCCAGUGGUUCAAUAAUGUAGGGAAAGGUCUUUUGGAUACUUUGGAUCUCUCUCAUAAUAACUUGACAUCAAUUGAACAUCUUUCAAUGGGAAACUUAGGGUUUCUUGAUCUUAGUUUCAACUUUUUGCAAGGAAAUCUCCCAAUUCCAUCCUUUGGUGUUGGAUUAUUUUUAGUGUCCAACAACAGAUUCAGUGGACACAUUUCUUCCUCAUUUUGCAAUGCAAGCUCACUUUGGAUACUCAACUUAUCUCACAACAACUUGUCAGGCCACAUCCCAAAGUGCCUUAUUGCUUUCCCAAAUCUUGUAAGUUUAGAUCUGCAGAUGAAUAAUUUCGUCGGAUCUAUACCAAACAAUUUUUCUAGGGGCAAUUCUUUGCGAUCUUUGCAUUUGAACAACAAUCAAUUUCAGGGACGGUUACCUUUAUCUUUGACCCAUUGCAAGCAAUUAGAAAUUUUAGAUGUGGGAGCAAACAAGAUCAAUGACAAAUUUCCUAAUUGGCUUGAAGGCUUACUGGAGCUACAGGUACUCAUUUUAAGAGAUAAUGAGUUCUACAGUGCCAUUUAUAGUUUCAACAACAAACAUCCUUUUCCCAUUUUAAGAAUUUUUGAUGUUUCCAACAACCGUUUUAGAGGAUCUUUGCCAACAACAUAUAUCAAGGAAUUUAAAGGAAUGAUGAAUGUUGACUUUGUUUCGGCCAAACCAGAUUACUUAGAAAACGGUUAUUUUAAUUAUCAAGAAUCAGUGAUGGUCACAUUGAAAGGUGUUGAUUUGGAGUUGGUAAAGAUCAUAAUUACAUUCACAUCCAUUGAUUUGUCAAGAAACAUGUUUGAUGGAGAGAUUCCAUAUGUUAUUGGCGAGCUGCAUUCACUUAAGGGGCUUAAUCUCUCCCACAAUAAAAUCACUGGUCCUAUUCCUCAAUCCAUCGCAAACUUGACAAACCUAGAAUCAUUGGAUUUAUCAUCAAACUUGCUUAAAGGUGCGAUUCCUCUUCCACUAGCAGAUCUCAACUUUCUUGAAGUUUUGAAUCUUUCACAGAAUCAACUUGUCGGAGAAAUACCAAGAGGUAAGCAGUUUGAUACAUUUUCACAAGAUUCUUUUGAGGGAAAUUUAGGACUGUGUGGAUUUCAAUUGUCAAAAGCAUGUAAUCAUGAUAAAGGGAAAUUGCCACAACCAACUUCAUCAAGUAAUGACAAAUUUGGAUUUAGUUGGAAACCAGUGGCUUUGGGAUAUGGAUGUGGGAUGGUGUUUGGAAUAUUCAUGGGUCAAGUUGUUUUCUUAACUGGAAAACCUAAAGGGCUUGUCAGAAUUUUUCAAGCUAGGCCCAAGAAACAAGCAAAAAAGACAAGGAAAAGAGCCUAUCAGAAUCAAAGAAGAGUGAAUUAG